UGCAGCGCCGAGGCCGCUCUGCUCGGUGCGUGGACCGUCCCGCCUCGGCUGGCGCUCCGGUUCCCGAUCCGACCCGCGGACCGACCCGCUGCAGCCGCGCACCCUCCGCCGCCCUCGCUGCAGGCGCCCUAGCGCUGCCCGGUUCACCUUUUCACCAUGAUCCCCUGCAGAGCAGCGCUCUCUUUUGCCCGAUGUCUGAUCCGGAGAAAGAUCGUCGUCAUGGACGGCCUAGAAGAUUCCAAAUUAAGCCGUUGCUUAUCCACCAUGGACCUCAUUGCCCUGGGGGUCGGGAGCACCCUCGGUGCCGGGGUGUACGUCCUGGCUGGGGAGGUGGCCAAGUCGGAUUCAGGCCCCAGCAUCGUCCUCUCCUUCCUCAUCGCUGCCCUGGCUUCGGUGAUGGCUGGCCUCUGCUACGCUGAGUUUGGGGCCCGAGUUCCCAAGACGGGGUCCGCGUAUCUGUACACGUACGUCACCGUUGGAGAGCUGUGGGCCUUCAUCACCGGCUGGAACCUCAUUUUGUCCUAUGUGAUAGGUACAUCGAGUGUUGCAAGAGCUUGGAGUGGCACCUUUGAUGAACUUCUGAACAAACAGAUUGGCCAGUUUUUCAGGACAUACUUCAAUAUCAAUUAUACUGGCCUUGCAGAGUAUCCGGACUUCUUUGCUGUCUUCCUCAUAUUGCUUCUAUCAGGCCUGCUAUCUUUUGGAGUAAAAGAGUCUGCCUGGGUGAACAAAAUCUUCACAGCCGUCAACAUCCUGGUCCUUCUCUUUGUUAUGAUUGCUGGGUUUGUGAAAGGAAACGUGGCAAACUGGAAGAUUAGUGAAGAAUUUCUCAAGAAUAUAUCAGCAACCGCCAGAGAGCCGCCUUCCGAAAACGGAACAAGUCUCUACGGGGCCGGUGGCUUCAUGCCGUACGGCAUCGCGGGGACGUUGGCCGGGGCUGCCACCUGCUUUUAUGCCUUUGUGGGAUUUGACUGCAUUGCAACAACUGGAGAAGAGGUCCGGAACCCUCAGAAAGCUAUUCCUAUCGGGAUUGUGACUUCCCUGCUGGUUUGCUUUAUGGCCUAUUUUGGGGUCUCUGCCGCUUUAACACUUAUGAUGCCGUACUACCUCCUCGAUGAGAAGAGCCCCCUUCCUGUAGCGUUUGAGUACGUGGGCUGGGGUCCCGCCAAAUACGUCGUGGCCGCGGGCUCCCUCUGCGCGUUGUCAGCAAGUCUUCUUGGAUGCAUUUUCCCAAUGCCUCGUGUAAUCUAUGCUAUGGCGGAGGAUGGGUUGCUUUUCAAAUGUCUAGCUCAAAUCAAUUCCAAAACGAAGACACCAAUAAUUGCUACUUUAUCAUCGGGUGCGGUGGCAGCGGUGAUGGCGUUUCUUUUUGACCUGAAGGCACUCGUGGACAUGAUGUCCAUCGGCACUCUCCUGGCCUACUCUCUGGUCGCAGCCUGCGUGCUCAUCCUCAGGUAUCAGCCCAGUCUGUCGUACGAGCAGCCCAGAUAUUCUCCUGAGAAAGAAGCUCUGGAGUCGUGUGCCGGGGUGGACUCGGAAAGCGCGUCUCAGAUCACCAUGCUGCAGGAGCAGGGCUUCAGCCUGCAGACCCUCUUCAGCCCCUCGGCUCUGCCCACAAAGCAGUCCUCUUCUCUCGUGAGCUUCCUGGUAGGAUUCCUGGCCUUCCUCGUGUUGGGCCUGAGCAUCCUGACCACGUACGGAGUCCAGGCCAUCGCCCGGCAGGAAGCGUGGAGCGUGGUUCUGCUGGUGCUGUUCCUCGUCCUCUGCAUCGCCAUCGUCUUCACCAUCUGGAGGCAGCCCCAGAACCAGCACAAAGUGUCCUUCAUGGUCCCAUUCUUACCGUUUCUGCCAGCGUUCAGCAUCCUGGUGAACAUUUACUUGAUGGUCCAGCUGAGCGCGGAGACUUGGAUCAGAUUUAGCAUUUGGAUGGCGCUUGGUUUCCUGAUUUACUUCACCUACGGCAUUCGACACAGCCUGGAGGGGAAUUCAAGGGAUGAAGAUGAAGACGAAGAUUCGUAUUCAGACAACAUCGACGCAGCAACCGAAGAGAAAGCUGCCAUUCAAGCAAAUGACCAUCACCAAAGAAACCUCAGUUUACCUUACAUACUCAGUGAAAAGACGAGCGAAUGCUAACGCUUGUAGGAGCUGAACAGGUCGUAGUCUUCAUGUAUGUAUCCUGAGCAAACCAGCAGGAUGUCAUCCUUAUGCUAGCUUGUCAUGGGUUUGCUGCAGACAUAGUUCACCCUAAUUUAUACUCACCUGGACAGCACCUCCUCAAGUGGUGGAUUUUACCUGGGAAAACCUGAGCUCUCUCCUAGUGCUAUCUCCCAGUGUGUGUGUGUGUGUGUCUGUGUUGGGGAAUACCUAUGGUAAAAGUUUUUGGUGUUUUACUGUUACCGCUUGACAUUUUUCCAGUGUUUGUCAUGAUUUGGGGUCACAUGGUACACAUACUGAAAUAGAGGUAAUCACUGAAUCAAAGAGUGUGUUGUAUGUGCUUGGUAUUGUUAGGGAGAGGACUGUUGCUUUUCCUUGUUAGAUUUCAUUAAUGUCAACUUAGAACAGGCUUCACCUGCAGCUCCGCAUCUCGGAGUCUGUCAGUGGUCAGGAGUAAGAGGAGGGGAUAAGACACGAGCCAUUUCUGUAACUUACAAAUGCCAGCCGUGGGUUUAGUGCAGAGUUUUCUUCUACAAGGUGUGACAGUUUGCUAAAACUUUAGCCAGCAGGAGGAUUUGCACCCGCCAUGCUACACAGGGCGCACCCUCUUGACCUGGGGUCCUCUUUGAGAACAGUGGUCCUUACAUAUCAGGCCUUCACCUGCUGGGACUUUGGGACAGGCAGUGUGAUCUACAUAAGACCUUUGUGUGGAAGGUGGUCCCUGUGGCCAGAAAGCUGAUGUAAGGGGCCGUGGUGAGGAUAUGUUUGAGAAUCAGAGUUAGAUACUAGCGUGGGUCAGUAGAUACCAAGCAUCCUUGUUUUAAAAGUCACUUAAAAUAAAGCCAAUAGGGUGUCCCGGAUCAUACUGCUGGUGGAAUGGUUCAUACUUCCUUCCAUUAUUUAAAAACUAAUCAGUGAGGUGUUUUAACCCUAUCAGACAAAGAAUCCACUCCUCUCUUUCUACCAUUAUUUUGUCUUGUCCUAGAAAUGAGGGCUACAGUAGCAAAUUCUAUCUAUACUACAUGCAAAAGAGGGGGAAAAUGAAGGGAUAAAAGCAGGAAAAUUCCUCUGUCCUAAUUUUAAAGUGCCUAUUCAGAUAUUAAAGAGCAUUUGGCUCGAUUCAAGGGGUUCAGAUCUAAUUUGGCUGUUGGUUCAGAAACAUUUAGAGAUGUUUUUCAUCCCCCACCCCUUAAUAGUUUAGCACUUUUAAUUUUAUUUAUUUUUAAAUGGCCACACUAAAGCCACUCAUACAAACACCAGUAUUCUAUCACUGGUUGGCCAAUAAAAUAUUUUGGUUAAGUACAUGAUCGUUUAAAACUUUAAGUUAAAAAAUUAACCAAAUUAAAGCUAUAGAAGACAGUAACCUUUCUAUGAGUAAAUAACUUGCUUUUAUGUGUAAGAUCUCUAAAUACUAUAUUUUACUUUGUAGGGUUCUCUACUAGUAGACUAUUUACCUGCAGUGUGAUUUGCUUCUUAUGAAUUGUUUUUCUUACAAAUCAUUAAAUGGUCGACCUGAUGAAAGCAAAGGCUCAAUACACGUAUAAUGGGUUGCAUUCCCGGGACAAACACUGUCAGGCACACCAGGUGGCCAGCCGCAUCCAGAAACAAGGAGCACGUUUCCGACAGCCCUUCUAAGAGAUCAGUGAUUGUAUUGACACCAUUAAAAAGCCAGUCGUGACCGAAUAUCUAACCAAGACUUUAUUGUGAUUAAAUACCAAACAAACAGGUAGGAAGCCUGGGUUCUGGGCUGCUAGACUCCUGGUGUCCCUGACAUAGAACUCAGUACUGACAUUCCACAAUCCCCGGGGUGUUAAUGGCAAAAUCUGCGGCUGAAAAUUCUCUUCCAAGCUGCGUGUUUCACUGGCGAGGCAAGGGGAAAGGAGACUUGUAAGGACUGCAGGGAUGCUCGGAGACCUUUGCUAUCCUAACCAUAUUGCGAGAACCCCUUUGAUCCCAAUCUAGAAUAGGCCCUUCACCCAGAGAACAUGAGGUACUUCUUAUAUGAAUAUUUGACUCUUUCAUUGUAACAAAAUCAAUACACUUGUUUAGAACGUGAGAGGCAGCUAAAACUAUUAUGCCCCGUAUGUUCAUUUAGGAGCAGAAUUCAGUUAAAAAUUAUUUUUUCCACAUUGAAACACAUUGCAAACACAAAUGUCUAUGAAAAGAUGCUUUGUCAGUGACUGUGUUUUUUUUUUCCUUCAAAUGUGUGUAUGUGUGAGUGUGUAUAUAUUAUAUAUAUGUAUAUGUAUAUGUAUGUCUGUGUAUUUCAAAUGUGAGUAUAAAAGUCAGUUGGGUUUGUGAUGGGCUUUGGAAAUAAUGCCAUUGUGUGGAUAAAAAAAACAUACAACUGAUGUAGAGAAAAUAUAAUGUUUUGUAUUGAUGGGUAUGCUUAUAUAAAAGUUUAGGUUUUAAAGUAUUUUGAAAUGCACAGUGAUUUUAUAUAUAUGAUAUUUUCUAUAGAUAGAUUCCUUAAGAAAGCUUUAUUUAUAAUGUUCCUGAGAUGAAAUCACUAAACUCUAGUUCAUUGCAACAGGUGCUUUCUAAUCUGAAAUGGAGGAGGGUAGGAAUAUUAGGGUGUUGCUGUUUACUUGUCUCUGUGGUACCUUUUCUUCAUCUCUGUCCUGGUACAUCUAGGAACAGCUGGUACUGCCAGCGCUGGUACCACUUCCCCGUUCCUCCACUUGAACUAUAACCUUUUGAAAAAGUGUUGUUUUUCCUUUCUUAGGAUUACCAAAGCGUGUUGUAUAGAUUUCACUAGUCAUUAAUCACACUUCUGUGAAAGCCUCUCCAGAAAUUGCAAAGUACAUAUACACAUCCUCUUAACUGUGAUUGCAUAAACAGCUUGCUACCUUUUUUUUUUUUUUUUUUUGCACUAGGAAAUAGGUUCUCUUGAUACAGAACUUUAAAGGACUGCAUUGCACAUCUUAGGGUAUGAAAAUGAAGAUCAGUGUGGGUUUGAAGGGGUGGGAUUGGUGGUUUUAUUUUACUAGUGCCAAAAUGCAGUAGUGUCUUCUCUGUACAUUUUCUACUUUCAUUCUCUAACAUGUCCUGAACCAUCAAGGGGAAAUUAGUCAAGUUCAGGCAGGACAUGGUACCAGCACAGUCAUGUUAAAUGUAGAUUUGGAAGUAUGGUUGCUUGCCUUGUUUUGCUGUGUUGGGUUCCCCCCCAACCCUCGCCUCCCCCUCCCUCCCCCCCGUAUAAUUAUGUUUCAACAUUUUUAAAUGGCUUUCUGUGUUCUGGGUUGUAAGAGGCCUUCUCUGUUAUUGCUGUGGUUGUCGGUUUUUGUAAUAUUCAUUAUUGUUUAUAUAUGUGCACAGUUUAGUCUUACUGAUUGCAUUCGGCUAUGGCUCAACCCAGCUGGCAACCCUGUCUGCUGGAGCCCUCUCCUUAGCUCUUACUCACCGUGGCUGAAGCCACUGCCACCAUCUCUGGCCUUGAAGCGCCGUCACUGACCACUGGGGCCUCGUGGGGGUCACGAACCAGGACCCUGGGCUGGGUCCAGGAUCAUGCAGCCUGCAGAGUAUGGGCAGCCGUAGCUCCCUGUUGGGUGGGGUCUUGGCAUGUGAGGGGAGGAUAUGAAGUCAAAGCCUUCACCUGAAUGUAAGGUAGUGUGCGGUCCAUAAUAUCAGUUCCAAAUACCCCAUGAGUGCCUCAAGGUGGAUGAUCAAGAAGGAGCCUCUGUGCCUCAUGGGAAGGAUAGCUGCUUCCUGAAACUGGCACCAUAGGGCGUGUCUUACUGCAAUCCCCCCGACUGCCACUGACCGCCUUGGGUGGAAGUGCAUGGGCCACGGUCAGGUUGAUGAAGAACCUUGUAUGACCAACAGGGUGGUGUGUAUCUCUGGCCCAUGCCUGGUUGACAGGCUCUUCAUCUUUGUGUCCAGCAGGGGGUGCCCAGUUAUUUUCUUGCUUUCUCUUCUUACCAUUGUACUCAAUAGAAACUGUAGGUGGGGGCCCAAAACCCUACAGAAAUUCUGUGUCUGUAGAAACCAACAGAUGCAUCGGACUUGUGAGAAUGGAAAGGUGUGUUUGUUGGGUAGGUAAUUUUAAAUGUAAAUGUUUCUAAUGAUAAUCAGCGUUCCUUUUUACUUACAAAGUUGGAUUAUUUUUUAGAAUUUGUAAUAAAUGAAAACUGUUGCUGCUUUACCACUGUAAAAUAGGCUUUCUAAUGUGACCAUGUAUUUUUUAAAUAAAUUUUAAUACAACUUGUAA